UGGAGGGAAGUUCAUUGAUUGGUUUGAACUUUUCACAGAAUCCAACCAAUAAGCGAACGAUAGGCACCUUAUAAGUGCUGUAUACCACAAACUCCAUAUCAUAUUUCCUUCGUGUUUUUAUAAUCGGGGAGAUUUUGUAUCUCAAGUAACAAUGAGUGGAAGAGGUAAAACCGGCGGUAAAUCAAGAGCGAAAGCCAAGACUCGGUCAUCCAGAGCGGGUCUUCAGUUUCCCGUCGGCCGUGUUCACAGGCUACUUCGCAAAGGUAACUACGCACAACGCGUCGGUGCCGGAGCUCCAGUUUAUCUCGCCGCUGUCCUCGAGUAUCUCACCGCUGAGAUCUUGGAGUUGGCCGGAAACGCCGCUCGGGACAACAAGAAGAGUCGGAUCAUUCCCCGCCAUCUACAGCUGGCCGUGCGUAACGACGAGGAGUUAAACAGACUUCUGGGCGGCGUGACCAUCGCUCAGGGUGGUGUGUUGCCCAACAUCCAGGCUGUCUUACUGCCCAAGAAGACCGACAAACCCGCUAAGACCAAGUAAACGGGGGACAGAUCGUAUCGUUAAACCAAAGGCUCUUUUAAGAGCC